GAGCCUCCAGUGCGGUUCAGAGUUUCAGAGGAACGCAGGAUGAGAUGCGGGACAGAGUCACUUUCACAUCAUGGAGAACUUCUAGAGCCUUUAUAAAGUCAGAGACCACCUGAAACCUCUAAAGGAAAAGAGAGACGAGCUGAAACUUUGCAGCAUGGGCAACUACCCUGGGAAAGAGCGGCAUGGAGCCGCAGGUACAGCUGAUAUGUUUCAGACACCUCCCACAUCUCCGUCUUCUCCUCUCACUCCUGUUUUACCUGGAAACGCCCAACCUCUCCCAAGCCCCACCCACCCAGACCCUAACCCCUCCCCCCAGAGAACACCCUCCCCCAACAUGACCGGCCAAGUUGUCUGUCUAUCAUCAGACAGUGUUGGAUAUGAAAACAGAAAUGCCCCUGUAUCUCUCAAAAAGGCCAAAGACGGUCCCAUAAUCCCCUGCAAGCGGAGGCAGAAUUCAACAUCCACCUCACCUGUGCAGAUGGAGCCACCCCUGAGUGUGCACGCCAGUGAGGGGGGGGUGGAGCAGGGGCUUCUGCAUGAGUGUGUGGUUUCACUAGGGCUCUGUGUGACAGAUGAGAGGACACACACACUAUCGGAUCUGCUGCGGUGCUUUCUGACUGAGAGAGAGCAGAUGAAGGAUGAGCUGAGGAGUCUGAAGGAAAAAAUGCAGACAGAGCGCAGUGAGUGGCUGCAGUUCCAGUCUGACCUGCAGGUGGCGCUGGUGGUGGCCGACCGGCUGAGAGCCGAAGCUGAAGAAGAACUGAACGCGCUCCGAGAGGCGCGGGAAGACUGGGAGAGGCAGCUGACCGACUCCCAGCAGGGCCAGCGAGAGGUCGAAGGUCAAGUGGAGCACCUAAAAGCAGAGCUCGAGCAAAGCAAACAAAGACUUAGCCAAAGAACAGAGACUCCCAGCCAGCAGGGGGCGACAGAAGGGUGUGCAAGGAGCACUGUGGAGAGAUGGGGGGAUGAGCAAAGGACAGGAGAGGAAAAGAGAAAAGAGAAAGAGGCGGGAACUACAGCAAAACUAAAAAAACAGUCAGCAUCCCCCACCAGCCUAGUAAAUGGUACAUCCAAGACUUCUUUAGCACUGAUCACAAAUCCCAUGAACAAAAACAAUCCAACAAGAGAGAGGCUGAAUAUGGACCAGCAAGACAACUUGAUUAAUUUAUAUAAAGAUAAAAAGGAGGACAAUCCAUCUGUACACCUGUCUCCUUUUAUAGACCCUUCUCCAAACAAAACUAGCAAGAUAAAGCCUCAGGAGGACUUCAGUGUGCUGCUCAGACGUCACGGCGGAUCCAAACGCAACUCACUGCUGCGUUGGUGUCAGAACCGAACCAGCGGAUAUAAGAACAUCGAGAUAACGAACUUCAGCAGUAGCUGGAUGGACGGCUUGGCUUUCUGUGCCGUGUACCAUAGUUACCUCCCAUCACACAUACCCUACAACACACUCAGGCCAGAGAACAAGAAAGAAAACCUCUUGCUGGCAUUUCAGACAGGAGAGAGUGUGGGAAUCGCUGCGUCACUGACCGCAGACGAGAUGCUGAAGACUGAAGGCCCCGACUGGCAAAGGGUUCUGGGAUACGUGGAGAGCAUAUACCGCCAUUUUGAGAUGUGACCUCGGGAACAUUAGUUAUCCUCCUCGUUUUCUCUGGAGUCAUUUGUUCCAAACAACUUCUCCCACUUCAGCGAGAUGUUCCACGAGCUGGCUUCACAUUUGAGCUCCACCAUGUGGACAACUGAUCAUGUCAUGAUUAUACUGCAUUCGGGAUGUGCCUUGUGAUUUAGUUACACAAAAAAAAAAAAAAGAAAGAAAUAUGGCCCGAAUGACAGCACACAAUAAUACAGUACAAUUUGCAUAUUUUUAGUAAUCAGUGCCAGUAUAUGCCAAAAAGCCAAUAAUAUUGUGAUGAGAAUUAAUAAAGAAAAUAAAGAAGUGAUACACUUGGGAACGUGCUGUUACAGGAAAAUAAUCAGCAAUGGGUAGGCGUGAUGAAUAGUUAGUUACCACACCAAAGUUGAUUAUUUUCCUAUUACAGCAAGUCCCAAAGUGUUUCAUUCCCCUUAAACCACAACAAUUUGCCAACGAUUACAAUUUUUAUUUAUUAAAAAAAUGGCACAUCAUACUAUUUUUUUGUUAUAGUUACAUUUAAUGUUGUGGUACGUCCAUGAAGCAAAUUACUUCCUGUUAUCACUUAUCUUAUAGCAGCUACAAAGUCGUUCCUUCACCAACCUCUCAUUUUUACUUUUAAAAAUUAAUAUGACAAAAAAAAACGCAGCUUGUCAUGUUACCGAGAAAAAAAAACUUUCCCUCUGACAGUUGAGACAUCAUAUCACUCACGCCAGGUGUAAAGGGGAGUGACAGCUGUACCUGCAUUCACAAAUACAUUUGCAAAAUUGAGCAUAUGACCUCAUGUCAAUAACAUUAGCUAGGCUAAAUAGUUAGCAAGCGUUUGCAAACAUUAGCGCAGUGCUGCAUUUAGAUACCUUGCUAUUUUACCUGAUCGUUAACAUCAUCAACAUCUAUUUAGCUGAUCAAAUGUAACUUAAACCCCACCCUUGCAGACUCAGAGGUGCCUGGGACUUGCCCAAAUCAGUCAUUUCUGGCCUAGAAUCUGUAUAAAAGCUUGCAUUUGGAAAUAGUUAGGUUAUUGUGAGUCAUUCCCUGGUGCAUUUUCAAAGAUAUGAGCACUGAUAAGAUUCUGCCAGUAUCAACAAGUCAAGGAUUUCUGGAUUCCAGUCAGGACUCGGAGGUGUUAUUUACGCACUCCUUUUCUCUAAGAGUGCCGCUAUUGGACUGAUUUCACUGAAACAGUUCUCAAUGACCAGUUUUUUUUUUAAAUCCAGACUUUAGUUCAUGUACGGAUUUUGUAGCGUACAGUGUGUUUCCCCUGUGUUAAUGCACCUGAUUUAUCACGGCGGCUGGACGUGAUGCGACUUUCCACUGGCAUGGGCCAGGAUGCACUGUGUUUGGAUUCACAGCAUUGCAAAGAAAGGACUUCGUAAGAAACGUGGACUUCAGAAUAAACGCUUAUAUGGCAUUUCUUACUUUUGUGGGCUUCAACACAUUACUGCUGAGAGUGUGCUGAACUCCAGCGCAUGUGUAUUAACAAAUGCCAUAAAGUGAUUGCUAAAGUGCCUUUAAUGUGAUGUAUAUAUUAAAACUUCAGUCUUGUGCCAAAGUCAGUAACAUUAACAAUAAAGGAAUAUUUUCUUUA